GCCUGGCCCGAGAAAGAUUCGUCGUGCGAAUUCUCGCGGCGGAGUAAAGCAAUCAAAUUCCUUUCGCCAGGUCGCCGAUGGUGCCGAAUUCUCUGCCAGCAUAACAAAGCGCUGGCAUACCAACGUCCUCGUCGUUGUCGUCCUGUUUUGAGGGUGCGUACGAGCGUGGUGUGGAAUUUCUCCCGUUCCUGUUUUCGCAAUGUCUGACUUUUGCAGGCCGGCGGAUACCGGCAGACGUCCGCUGCGCUGGGAAGAAAGUGCGAGAAAAGAUUAAGACCGAAUGUUUAAUGAAUUGCACUGGCUGACGCGGCGGUCUCUUCGCAAUCCAAUUGCUUUUCCAACCUCCGCUUCCUCUUUCUCUCUUUCUAAACUGUCGUCCCAGAGAUUCAGAUGUUUCGGGGAGGGGACCAUUUUGUGUUGCCCCGGCGCAAAUCCGGCAGACAAAUAUAUCAGCGAAAAACGAUCCCAGACUGGCGUUGGGGGGGCUUCCGGGGACCAUGCCUAGAAAGCAGGGAGUGCUCCCAGACGUAGAAUUUCCCUUUUUGCGUUUGUGUGCUCGAGUCGAAAGAAGGGGGUAGGGAUGAGAACAGAUCUUAAAUCAAAACAAAAACAGAAACGCGUAGAGAGCUCCCUCUCUCUGUGCUGUGUUGGCGCAGUUUCGACAUGGCAAAAUCCUUGGAUUCAUCCGGCCGGGGGAUAUUUAAACUGCCUGGUGGUCGGUGUGACAGUCUGGCCCGGGAGCUAGGAGACAACCGGGCAGGGAAAUGAGGUUUCCGUCUGAGAUGUCGCAUCGGUGUCGUUCUAGUGCCGCUGGGCGGAUGAGACAGGGAGUCACGAGAAGGGGGUGGAAAAGCGGAACUAUUUUUAAGCAUACGACACUCGGUCUGGUGUGCCCUGAAGCUGACUAAAGGCCCAAACACACACACACGUACACAUGAACGGCUUGGCUGACCGUCCGUCUACCGCACAACCGUCCGCGAGCGUCGUCGCGUUGUUGUGUCGCAAGACGAAUCAUUAACGUCGAUCCGAACCAGCGUAAUCUAUGUCGUCUGUCUGUAAUCUAUUUUUGCGAAAUACAUAACAAUAUUGUGUCGUCUGUCCCCGUACAUCCUUCCCUUACUUCAACCUCCCCCCCCCCCCCCUCCAUUUCGGGGUCGCGUUUAUUUGCGUUUUCUCAUACCUUUGGCGUCCGGUUUGUGGAAUGUGUCGCCCGUUUUUCCCUUUUUUUCAGCUCUCUCUCUCUCUCUGCUCACCAAAUAAUCGUUGUUUUGGUCAAACGCUAGGGUGAGGGUGUGGUGCGUGGACGAAACUUUUAGGGGCAGUGUGGCUAUUUUUAAAGAAGCAGACAACACGCAGUACGGAAGUGUCCUAAUCGCUAGAGAAAGCAACUUCUAGCAUUUUUUGUUUUUUUUUUUGGCUAGGAGGACCUGAAAAUCACACUCAGAUGCCCCGUUACUAGAAAGGAAGGGACGAUCGUCCCAUCACGAUCAGACUUCAUGUAACAUGUAUGUGAUGGGCUUAUUAGGCGUGUGAUUACUACAAUUCGAUGCGAUAAGAAGAAAUGAACAAUAGUGGAAGGUUAUCUUUCAAUUGACUAUUAAGACAACGCUAGCAAACACACAGACACACACGGUGUAUGCUGUAAAGUUCGAUAAGGAAAAGGGUUAAUGCAACCAUAAUUUCAAAGUCAAAUGCAUUACUGCAGUUUGCUUACUAAACAAUUUCUAAUUUAUUUCUUUAAUCAUGAAUCUCCACUGCCUUCGGGCAUGAUCGCGCUUGAUUGCUUUAGGAAUUGAUUUUCCCGUUUAUUUAAUUUUCUAUACAAUUGUGUUUCAAUGCUCAAAAAAGCUCCCCGCACUUGUGCACCAACCCCCCAACGAGCACCUCUUGAAGCAAACAAUUGAUUUUGAUAGAUCGGUUAAAUAUUUCACGUUUAUGCUGUGCUGCCAGGAGAGGGCCCCUUACGAUCGUUAUUCCCGCUUUUCUCACCUUAAACCCGCGCACGGAAUAACCCGACAUUAUUUAUCUUCCAGCAGAGUGGGCAGAGGGAAUGGGUGGGGAUGGAAGCAACGGCAGGAGAAAGGGAACAGGAACAAGGGGGAAUCCAAGAGAACUCCGAAAAAAAAGCUCAAUGUUUGACACCACAAACAUUGGAAGAGGAGGAGAAGGAGGAGGAGGAGGAGGAGGAGGAGGAGGAAGAUGGUGGUAUGCCGGGAGGAAGGGAGCUGAAACGCGAGACGAUGGUUUGAAAAUUUAAAUUCUGUCUGGAUCGGGUCACAACUGUUUUGGGACAGAAUGGUUUCUUUUGGUGGUGGAAUGGUUGCGCGGGGGGAGAAGGAGGCUUGCGGAGACGAAGGGGGUGCUGAAUUGUCAAAACCUCGCUCUCGCUUGGGCCACGGCGGGUUUUCCGGUGGAUUCUCCUCCAUUCCAAGAACGUAUCGUUUGCCUUUUACGAUCGCAGCGCGGGGUCUCUUCUUUUCUCGUACCCCCUCCCCGCGGCAAGGGCUGAUCGUAUGGAAAAAAGGGAUAUCGAGUUCACUAAAGAUAGAAAGAGAGCUGUGGUGGAGGGUAGGGAACACAUACUCUGAAGCAUCAUAGCGAGCGGGACGCGAGAUGAAUGUUUAUGUUUUAUCGUCUCCGCGGUGCAAUCUCGAGAGAAUCGAAACGUUUAUUAUUUUAUCGCAGGGAUGGGCAAAUCGGGGUCACUUACUUACACGAUCAUUGAGCCGUUUGAGCUGAGUAAUCGAUGCUUGUUUGUGUUCUCUUAUUGGAAAACUUGACUUUUUAGUUGCAGUCGAACCAAAGCUGAAAUUAAAAAAAAACGUUUCUAGCUAAGGGAAAAUUAUACUAAAUACGUUGAUUUUCGAAUGUGUAAUAAUAUUUAAAUAGAUAACGAUCACCACACUGAAUGGAAUUCAUAAUUGAUCAUUUUUUAAUUAAUAAAAAUUCAUCUAGAAAUACUCCCACACGAAAACAUUGCAAAACGAGCUGCCUACCCCUGACUUAAAAUCCAUUUAUGCUGUUUUAUGCUCUCGGCCGCUCUCGCAGGCACACAGAAAGCGAGAGAUAAACGCUCAUUUUAAAUCUCAGUGUGUGUUAGUGCGUGCGAAGUGUUGGUGAGAGAUUUUCCGACUGCGAAACAAGACAGAAAGAGAUAGAGAGCGCGCGCGCGCGCCCGCGAUAGAGAGAGAACCUCUACGUACUUCACGUAUGUGUGCGCGUGUGAGGUGCUAUGAGGGCUCGCUCUUCUAGCAAAGCAAAACAAAAGCAAACGCCAUCGCGCCUGAACCGGGCUGCCGCGGGGGUACAACAGAUCUGCGCUGUAACUGUGUUAGUUAGUUCGACUUGAACCGCGCGAGCGAGUGGACGUGGUUGUGUACGGUCGGUCGCUGUUCUUUUUUAUCGAUUUUGCGUUCUAACACAACUGCUGCUGGCCGCUGCCAUUGAUUAGAGAGCCAGUUUUGUGUGUUGACAGCAAGCCAAAGACAGUGCAGUGUGCGGCAUUCAUUAGAGCGCAUAGAAAAGUGGAUAUUUGUACGACUAGUGCGUGUGCGUAUGUGGCGCACACUCUAUUUGUUGUGUCUGGUCCAGCCGAAUGGCGGAAGCACAGCGCGGCAGAAUACGACGACAGUUUGAUCCGGAAGACGGAGCUGUCUAAAACGCGCUCUGCCCCGUAGCAAAUUACGUCACGCAAAAGCAGCUGCAAAAGAACAACAACAGCCGGGGCCAACCAGCCGCCAGCGUCAGUACACUAGAAGUUUAACAAUCGCACAAUCAUCGCCAUUUGCUGAAUUGAUUUCCACCGCGUUUUGGAGCACACCGUCUGCGUCUGUGUGUGUGUGUGCGUCUAGAAAUGUCACGAUUAGAAAUGAUCCUUCGACACGUCGCCGUCACUGUUGCUGCUGCUGCUGCUGUGUGAUUAGAAAGCACAAGCGCUGCGCUGAUGCGAAUUCUGACAGCUGUGUGCGGGCGCGUUUGACAGCGCGCGAGUUUGUUUACACACACAUAGGAAAGAGGGGGAAACGAUAGCACCCCAACGGUGGCGGAGAAGGAGGAGGAAGUGCAUUUCACGUCACCAAAUCGACAUCAAACACAACAACAGCACAACAACAAACAGGGCACAAUCGAUUGCCAUCCACAAACACUGCUGCUGCUGCUGCUGCAUUUGCGCAUUAUUUCCCGAGUCUCAGGAAGUCAAUUUCUGUCGUUUGCAGCAAAUAGCAGAAAAGGUGGUGAUAAUCGGCAGCAAAAACAACAGAGGGGAGGUUCACAUCAAAAAACGGGGAGGGAGGCUUAGAUACAGUGUUUGAAAGUGUCUCACUAUCGCUGCGUGUGUAGUAGUAGUGUUUGAAGAAUAGCAGCAAAUUUACAAUCUCUCCCGCCUGUGUUGUGUUGAGCUUCUUUCAAGUGUGCCAUUCACAGAGUGUAUUAAAAAGUCAUAAAAAAUCUGCGUCACACAGAAAUAAUUUCAGUGCAAAUUACUUUACCACACAACCGAGAUUAUUACACAAGCAACGCCGCCACAAGGUCAAUGUGUUUUUGUUGGUGCGAAAUCAUCACAAAGAAAGCUCCUUCGAUCGAUUUAGGGAGGAAGAGCGUAGCAGUGUGAUUCCGUAUGUGUACGCAGCAUGGUUGGUACUGCCGCGAAUGUAAAUAAUAGUGUUGGUUGUGUGCGAAAAUAGCCAAAGGAGUUGAAGAAGAAAAAAAAGGAAGAAGAACGAAAAUAUCAAACACGUUGUUAUUGGUGAUUGUAUUGUAUCGGGAAAACGGUCCUAAUAGAAAAAAAGAAAGCGGCCACGAAUCAACAGCCAACAGAGAAAACAGCAGCGGCGCUUCACAACACAACAGACAUGGCGCCGAAAUCGAGAAAAAAGAAGGCAAAUGCGCGCGUACUGACCUGCUACUGCGAGGGCCACUGUCCGGGCAAUUUGCAGAAUGGGACGUGCGAGACGCGCCCGGGCGGAUCCUGCUUCGUCUCGGUCGAGGCAGUGCUGGACGAGGAAACGAAACAGCUGGUCCCGGAGUACAGCCACGGCUGCAUGUCCCCCGAGCAGGGUGGUGGAUUGCUACAGUGCAAAGUGGGCACGGUAUCGCCGCAACUGCACGGCAAAAGUAUCGUCUGCUGCGACAAUGAGGACCUCUGCAACCAGGACCUGCAACCCCCGUACAGUCCGCGCACCACAACGACCCCGGAACCGCCGCUCGCCGACCCGAACAGCAUGCACCUGUUCGCACUGACCCUCUCCGUGUGUCUAUGUGUGGGCGGGCUGGUCGUGCUGCUCGGUGCGUUCUUCUGGGUGUACCGAAGGCGCGAGAAGCGAAAACCGGCCUACCUGAUGAACUCCCUGUACAACACCACGAACGGCCACAUGCCGAUCGCCGACCUGGUGGAGCAGACGAGCGGCAGCGGCUCGGGCCUGCCGCUGCUCGUCCAGCGCACGAUCGCGAAACAGAUCCAGAUGGUGCACUCGGUCGGCAAGGGCCGGUACGGCGAGGUGUGGCUAGCCAAGUGGCGCGACGAGAAGGUGGCGGUCAAGAUCUUCUUCACCACCGAGGAGUCGUCCUGGUUCCGGGAGACGGAGAUCUACCAAACCGUGCUGAUGCGCAACGAAAACAUACUCGGCUUCAUUGCGGCCGACAUCAAGGGGACGGGCUCGUGGACGCAGAUGCUGCUGAUUACGGACUAUCACGAGCUCGGCUCGCUGCACGACUACCUGCAGAAGCGCGUCCUCAACCCGCACAUGCUGAAGACGCUCGCCCACUCGCUCGCCUCCGGCGUGGCGCAUCUGCACACGGAAAUCUUCGGCACGCCGGGCAAACCGUCCAUAGCGCACCGGGACAUUAAGAGCAAAAACAUACUGGUGAAGCGGAACGGGCAGUGCGCGAUCGCCGACUUUGGGCUGGCGGUGAAGUACACGAGCGAGUCGGACACGAUACAGAUUGCGAACAACUCGCGCGUCGGCACCAGGCGCUACAUGGCGCCGGAGGUGCUGAGCGAAACGCUCGACCUCAACCUGUUCGAGGGCUUCAAGAUGGCGGACAUGUACUCGGUCGGGCUGGUGUUUUGGGAGAUGGCCCGCCGCUGCAUUACGACCGUUCGCGGGGCGAAAAAUACGACCACGUGCGAGGACUACGCGCUGCCGUACCAGGACGUGGUGCCGUCCGAUCCGAGCUUCGAGGACAUGUACGCGGUGGUGUGCGUGAAGGGUGUGCGGCCCCCGAUCCCGCAGCGGUGGCAGGACGAGGACAUACUCGUAGUAUUAUCGAAGAUCAUGCAGGAAUGCUGGCAUCCGAGCCCGGCGGUACGGUUAACCGCGCUGCGGGUGAAGAAAACGCUCGUCAAGCUCGAGACGGACUGUACGAUUAAGAUAGUGUAGGCGAGCGAGCGAGCGAGCGAGGGUUUAAACAGGAGCCGUUUUAAUUUAUUCGACGCGCCAUUCGUCCGCCUUCCCCGCCUUUCCCCCCUCUCCCCUCGUCUUCUGCGGGGUUUGUUGUUGUGAGCCGUUUCGCCGCAUCUCGCGUACAUUUUGUAAAUACAAUAUCUGUUGUGUCCUCUUCAUCGGUGUGGCUGAGGCUGAGGCGCACAUCACCAUGGUAAUCAUGCUCUUUUUCCUUCACAACUCUCUUCGGGACAAUGGCGGGAGGACGGCUCACAACACAAUCGGCGGACUCUCUGUGUUUUUUUUUGUAUUUGCCAUAAUUUAACGGUUAAGCAGUGUGUAGAACCCUUCAGGAUAGUGUUAGUGUUACUGCUAGUAGUGGUAGUCGUAGGGAAGCUGUAGGGACAUUCUUAUGUGCAUCAAAGUAGCAGCGCCUUCGCGUUACAAUUUUCUUCACCGAAAAUGACAUAACGUUUAGGUUCGGCUUUGACUGAAUGGAGAUGGGUUUCCACCUGCAGCGCAUGUAAAUGUAGUUGAGGAAAGGACGAUUUUAUCAGGAAAGGCUAAAAAAACAGAAACACACACACACGUUCACGGUAAGCAAUUGUUAAAUCAUAGGCACACACACACUAUUAACAAAUCGUAUACAUGGGGAAUCGUUUCCCCAUUCCCCUACCGCUCUUUCUAUUGCCUUUCUUCCUAGUGAAUGUUUUCUCAUUUUGGAGAAAACCCUUUCUUUCCGGAGUGUGUUUGCGUGCGUGCGUGUGCGUGUUCAUUUGUACAUAGUUAGCGUGAAAGAGAGAGAAGGAAAAACACACUCACACGUUAGUAGGGACAAAUUCUAUUUCGUUGUAACGUUAAGAGUUCUUUUCGCUCUUCGUUUUUGCUAAGAGCGGUUCUUAUUUUUUUAAGUAAGAAAAAGUCGGUAUGAAACAAAUCAAACAAACAAACGAACAAUAGGUAAUUUUGCGAUGGCUGAGAUCGCAUGGGCGUUCCGUGUACAUUUGAUUGGAUUCGUUUUGUUUGUUUCUCUGUGGCCUUUCGGGAUGUAAUGUAAACGUGUAAAACGAAACAUUUAUGUUUUUUUGUUUGUGCGUUUAAAAAUAGUAGAGGAAAAACGUAACUGUGCAUAAAGUGCACGUUUACGAUGUGUUAGGCGUUUACUGUAGAAUUUAUGAAAUGUCGUUUAGGAAAGAGGUUAUGUUUUUCAUUCUGUUUAGGUACAAUAUUGUGUUGUAAGUAGGAUUUUAUUUCCAUCUUAAAAUGGCCUUAGUGUGUAGAGCAAUAAAACAAAAACUAUGAUUCGUACUUGCAAA